CGGCGGUGCUCACGUGUUUGCACCGCGGCCACCGGAGGCAGCACGUCGAUACCGCUAGCAUUUUAGCGGCUUGUUGCUCGGACCAUCUCUCCCAGCUUGUAGCGCUGUCAAUCAGACCCAAGCAGGGGUGUGUAGAUAGGACGAUCCAAGCGACCACCGUGUUUGGCAAUCUCGCCGCAGCUACGGGUCGCGGCGGGCGGGGUCAACCACAUCAACCCGAGAGGGACAGCAGCAGGCACGGUUUUGGUUCCCACCAAGCGGGCGGCAGAUGUCGUCGCUUCGCCAUCGAACGGGGGGGAUGCUGGAUGUCGGCAGCAAAAAGACGAUCACCGUGCGGCACGAGGGGCGAGAGCACGCGGUGUCGUGGUUUGCUGGGGCGAGCGACGAGGCCAUAACGCGAACGAUCGAGAUCGCGCUCGGGCUUCCGCGGGGCACCCCUGCCGUUGUGAGAUACCCCGAGGAUGGAAGCGCCCUCGCCGUCAGCGACUCCCUGCCGGACGGCCUAACGGUGGAUGCGACCGCCGUGCCGGCAGGCAGCGGCGGCAACGGCGAUCGGAGACGCGCGGAGUCGUGCGGGAACGGGUUUUACGGUCGCGGUGAGAGCGGCAACAACAACAACAGCGAUGCGAAGCCCGCGCACGACGCGGCCGGGGGCAUCGGCGGCAGCAGCGACGGGGGGGGAGGUGCGGCGCACGAGUUCCGGGGGGAGCUCCUCAAGUUCGAAAGAGUGAACGCGCACCUGGCGAACGAACGGACGUGGCUGGCGUGGGUGCGCACGGCGCUGUCCGUGCUCGGGGUGGCGCUGUCCCUCAUCAGCCUGACCGAGGACAUGGGGUCGGCGACGAUGGACUCGACGGCCAUGGCCCUCGGCGUCGCCUUCGUCGCGUGCACGCUCUUCACGUACAUGACCGGCUGGCUGCGGUACACUCGUGUCAAGGAGGUGCUCACGUGGACGGGAAGCCAGGUGAAGGGCAGGUUCGGCAGGUUUGGGCUCAAGUACUUCACCUGGUUCCUGGGAGCGUCGCUGGUGCUCACGGUCCCGGUUUACUUGAUCGCCGGGGUAAACGUCGUCGAGGACGCAAGAUAGAGCUUGGCGGGUGGCUGCGCGGCGUGGUGGUUGGGAGGAAAGGGACGUAUUGAUGUUAGACGCUAGGG